CACAGAAGAACCUAUUUAGCUUUUCUUUCCUAAUAAUAAUAUCCUGCCGAAUUCUCUCUCUCUCUCUCUCUCUCCCUCUGUCUGAAUUCUCUCUCCCUUGAUAACCGAGCACGGUAUUGAACUCAAGAUCGUGGGAGCCAUAUUGAAACAUUUGCCGAGGUCGGAAUUGAAUCGAACCCAAGAACCGUGAGAGCCAUAUUGAAACCUUCAGUUAUCGAGCUCGGAAUCAAACCCGAGAUCGUGGAAGUCAUAUUAGAACCUACCAACUUGCGUUGGAGCAGGUAUGAUCUCGUGGCGGCAAUUCAAUUAAAAAAAAAAGGGAACAUCAAUUUAGAAUGUGACCAAUGACCCGAGGUUUAGAAUACAAAUGAAAAACUCUACAGUUCCUUCUUCCUCCUCCUUUCUCCGCCGAUGCCAGCCGAAACCCCUGCAUCGAGUUUGAUGCUCGUUUAAAAAUUCUCAACUUGGGUUUUCUUUCUCCGAGCCAUUGAAUUCAGAAGUGAGAUAGCAGCGGAAAAAUGACGGCUCACGCGGAGAGCACGGCCGAGGGAAAAAGACGUGUUCUGGUUUGCGUUCAAAUCGACAGCAACGGCAGAGAAUUACUCAGCUGGGCUCUCAACAACGUCACCGAAGAAGGAGACCGAGUUAUCGCGGUUCAUAUUUCUCGCACUUCGGAUUUUGGUAAGACGACCAAAUCUUUAAUAAAGGCACUGGAUGAGUUACUGGCAGAACUAGAAUUUGAAGAGCUCUGUACUCUGAAACAAAUAUCUCUCGAGGGCCGAGUUUCUCGAGGGAUCUCCAUAAGGAAAACUCUGGCGAAGGAGGCAGCGGUUUGUGCUGCAGACACUGUGGUUGUGGGUGCAGACACAGGUUUCUCUCUUGGUUGUCCUGCUUCGGUGGCUAAGUACUGUGCAAAGAAACUGCCUCCAUCCACAUCUCUGAUUGCAUUCGAUAACGGAAAGGUCAUUUUUGAGAAGCACCCUUCAGGAGAGGAACCGAAGCCGGAUCUUCAAACCGUACUGCCUCGUAGUUGCGAAGCUGAUCGCGAUACCGAAUCCCCAAGAUCAUCGGGGAGUUCAAACGAUCGCAGUCUUUUUCUUUAUCAACUAAGUAACCCCAUUUCAGUUCUCGGCAACAGUUUGCCAGAAUCUAAUCUAGGCUGGCCGCUGCUGAGAAAAGCGAUGAGGGUGCACAUCAAGGAUUUAGAGGACGGCGACACGCGAAAUAUGUCAGUGGUUCAGUGGGUUAUGAACUUGCCAGAUAGAGCUUUGUUUCAAUCUGCAACGGUUGAACUGAUCAAAGAAUUGGAGAUUGUUCUUCGCGACAAUUCAUCUACCUGCAAAUGGUUUCAAUAUGAGGAACUACAAAUAUCGACAGAAAACUUUUCCACAGGGAAUUUGAUUGGGAAAGGAGGGAGCGGUCAAGUUUAUAAAGGAUGCCUUCCUGAUGGAGAUAAAGUGGCAAUAAAGUUGUCGAAAUUAUCAAAGGAAACAUCGAAAAUUUUUCUGUUGGAGGCCGAUAUAAUCACAAAUUUGAAGCAUGAGCGUAUUGUUCCUUUACUGGGUAUUUGUGUCGAGUGCAAAAAUUUUCUGUCUGUUUACGGCUAUUUCUCCAAAGGAAGUUUGGAGGAAAACCUCCAUGGGGUUGGUGCAAAAACUGAGCUAGACUGGGAGAGGAGAUUCAAGAUUGCCGUCGGGGUUGCUGAAGCAUUGAGUUAUCUGCAUACUGGAUGUUCAAAGCCUGUUAUUCAUAGAGAUGUUAAAUCUUCAAACAUUCUUCUCAAUGAUGAUUUUGAACCACAGUUAUCUGAUUUUGGACUGGCUACAUGGGCACCAACAAGUUCAUUACCCCAAACACAUAAUGAUAUCGUCGGGACUUUCGGGUAUCUUGCUCCUGAGUAUAUUAUGUAUGGGAAAGUAAGCAAUAAGAUCGAUGUAUACGCCUAUGGGGUAGUUUUGCUUGAACUAUUAACAGGCAGAGAGCCAAUCUCUGUUGAGAACCCCAAGGGUCAAGAGAGUUUGGUUAUGUGGGCCACACCAGUUCUAGAGAGAGGAGAUUUACAACAGUUCAUAGAUCCCAAACUUGAAGGCAAAUAUGAUGAGAACGAAGUGCGACGAACGAUCUUGGUUGCAUCCCUCUGCAUCGCAAGAACAGCGCAACUCAGGCCUCAAAUGAGCCAGGUACUCGGUCUUCUGCAAGGGGAGGAGGAGAUCGAAUCAUGGGUGAACUCCGAAGCUAAUGAUUCUCAUAAGCAGGUAGUAGACUGUCAGGAUGAAGAAGCGCAUUCGUCUCCGAGCAUGAGGUCGCAUUUAGGCCUGGCAUUGCUCGACGUGGAAGACGACGAUGCGUCCGAAAUCAGCUUCGACCAGAAUCAUCUUAGCUCCUUGGAUGAUUACUUGAGGGAACGCUGGAGCCGCUCUUCAAGUUUUGAUUAGUUCCCCCCCACCCUCUUCUCAUGUUGUGCAUGCAUUUCAUUUUUGUUUUCGAUAGUUAGAAUCUAUGCGUCCGCGAGGAUUCAGAGGUCUCUAAGUCCUGUGUGAUGGAUCUUGUUUCAUUUUCAUGGAAAAAAAAAAGGGAAUGUUUUUUUUGAAAAUGUAA